CAGGACUUCACGCUGGACUUUUACUUCCGCCAAUUCUGGUUAGACGAACGUCUAUCUUUUAAGGCUGGUGACCUUCAAAGUUUGUCAGUGGGUGCAGAAGUGGCUGACCGGAUAUGGGUACCGGACACUUUCUUCGCCAAUGAGAAGAGCGCCUACUUUCACCACGCUACAACUCCGAAUACAUUUCUCCGGAUUGGUCACGACGGAAGAAUCCUGAGAAGUAUUAGACUGACAGUGACAUCAAGUUGUCCCAUGGAUCUUCAGUACUUUCCAAUGGAUCGACAGUUGUGUACAGUUGAAAUAGAAAGCUACCUCAACACCGAUAUGCUAGUAAAACAUUGCAUGAAAUUUAUGCCAACCAUUCAAGUGCAGACUUCUUGUUUGCUAGGAAACUACUCCCGUCUGGCGCUGGAGAUCCAGUUUGUUCGCAGUAUGGGCUACUACCUGAUUCAGAUCUACAUCCCAGCUAGUCUCAUUGUUAUCAUCUCGUGGGUCUCCUUCUGGCUUCACAGGAAUGCUACUCCCGCCCGAGUGGCCCUCGGAGUGACCACCGUCCUCACGAUGACCACAUUGAUGUCCAGCACCAACGCAGCUCUGCCUAAGAUAUCCUAUGUGAAGAGUAUUGACGUUUUCCUGGGAACGUGCUUCGUAAUGGUGUUUGCUUCCCUGCUAGAGUACGCCACAGUUGGCUACUUAUCAAAACGCAUCACUAUGAGAAAAAACCUGAACCAACAGAUCGCCAAAGCAGCAGAACAACAUCGCCAACUAUGCGCUGCUGCAGCAGCAGCUGCUGAAAGCGGUGGAAGAAGGAGCAGUGGAGGAACAGAGCUUCCACCCAAUUCGGAUGUACCCCUGGUUAGAACAUCGGAAGUCAGACUGAAAAUGAUGGAUCCCCGGGGAUAUAGCAAGUCAUCCACCCUGGAGAACACAGCCAACACCCCCGCACCUGAGCUGGAGACUGCCUUAUGCAAAAACAUCAACACCCUGUACGGCGUGAGUCCGAGCGACAUCGACAAGUAUUCCCGGGUGGUUUUCCCAGUCUGCUUCGUCUGUUUCAACUUGAUGUAUUGGAUCAUCUACCUACACAUUAGCGACCUGUUGUCGGAGGACUUCGCUUCUGUUGGAUAAACAGCCAACAUGUCUCAAGAAACCAACACAACACGUGCUCUGAAGUAGCUCAAUAUAACAAAUCUGAAACUGACCCUCAUGUGUACAGCUAAUACAAGUAAAAUGAUAUACAUGCCAUUAAACGUUAGAUAUAUUAGCAUUUUCUAUAUGUAGAAGCUUGGUUAAUAUCCUUACAAAAAGCUUUGGAAGUUAAAUAUUAGAGCAACACUCCACGUGUUAGUCGUGUCUGACAUUACUGCACUCUUUCUUUUUGCGUAAAUACACAUAUACAUACAUAUAUAUAUAUAACCCACACAGAGUUCGAAGUAUAUAACAAAAGAUACUGUACAAACAUCAUACCCUGCGUCACGUGACGAAAGGGGUAAUAUCUUGUGUAAAAGGAAAGGCUUUGGGAAAGGGGAUGUAUAAAAUAAUGGGGUUGGUGUAAUUUUAUAAAGUAUUUAAUCAAAGGUGGAACAAACUGAACAAAGUAAAAAUGUUAGUAUCGAUUAAAUAAAUCUUAAAAUAAUAAUAAUAAAGAUGACAAUAUAGAUUAGAAUUGAUAACGAUUUUAAGAUUAGAUAGAAAUAUGAAGAACUGUAUGAAAAUGAAACCUUGGAAGGAACGUAUAUCUUAAAAUUACUUAGGAAUAUGGAAAACUAUAUAAAAAUGAACCUUAGGACAGGAAUGGAAUGCCUAAUGAUCAAAGAUAGGAGAAGACAGGAUUAAGAUGAUGGUGGAUAGUAUAUAUACAUAUAUAUUAACAGCUGGGUGUUGAAAUUAAUAUAAACAUUAUUGACGGGAAUAUAUAUAUAAGAUAGGAUCAUGGAUGUUGGGGUUAAACUAUAUUUAAACAAUUGGGAAGAUAUAUAUAAGAUAGGACCAUGGAUGUUGGGGCUAAACUAUAUCUAAACAAUUGGGAAGGUAUAUAUAAGAUAGAAAUGGGGAUGUUGGGGCUAAACUAUAUUUAAACAAUUGGGAAGGUAUAUAUAAGAUAGAAAUGGGGAUGUUGGGGCUAAACUAUAUUUAAACAAUUAGGAAGGUAUAUAUAAGAUAGAAAUGGGGAUGUUGGGGCUAAACUAUAUCUAAACAAUUAGGAAGAUAUAUAUAUAUAUAAGAUAAGACCAUGGAUGUUGGGGCUAAACUAUAUCUAAACAAUUAGGAAGGUAUAUAUAAGAUAGAAAUGGGGAUGUUGGGGCUAAACUAUAUUUAAACAAUUAGGAAGGUAUAUAUAAGAUAGAAAUGGGGAUGUUGGGGCUAAACUAUAUCUAAACAAUUGGGAAGAUAUAUAUAUAUAAGAUAGAAAUGGGGAUGUUGGGGCUAAACUAUAUUUAAACACUUAAGGGAAAAUGUGGAAUUUGAGAACUAAACCAUGCUAAAUAUGUAAAGAAAGGCAUAAAGGUUAUAAAACUAAAUAAUCUUGUUUUGAUGUAAAAACGGAAGAUUAUGUGGUAGAUUUCUUUCAAAAAAACUUAAAAUAAGGUUGGUAAUACGUUUAUAUUCUUGUAUAUCCUUUGAUUAUUUUUGGUACUAUAUUAAAUAUAACAAAAACUAUUUAAUUAAGAAACUUAUCAUUCCCUUUAUCUGAAGCAAUAACCUAAAUCCAGGGUUUUUAACCUGCUCAAAGUGACAAGGCAUUAUUACCGUAGAGAUUUUAAUUUACACCUAAUAUUAAGAUCACUCGUUCCCCUUGUCCAGCAUUGAGGACGCACGUCCGAAAGAUCUUAGAAUUCCAGCAUGUUGAUUGGCUCAUUUAUCUUCGAUUUGAAAGUUGGUAGACCCACACACUUCUAUUGGUCACUCGAACUUCAAACUGCUCAAACGAGGUCAGUCUGUUAAUGUUCUUGUUACCAAUUGACUUAGGUCAGUCUGUUAAUGUUCUUGUUACCAAUUGACUUGGAUGUAGUUGUACAAUUUGCCUUUUCUGAACAAAUGUUUGUUACGUAAAUAUUCUUAUUACCAGUGUGCUUAAGAUUGUGUAUUUGUUUCCGUAAGAUAUGUUGCUCUACUGGUGCUUGUCUUGAGCAAUAAACUUAUGCUCACCAAACAAAUCUUUAAUAGUUUCUCAGUAACGCCAUCUACAAUCAAACCAAAACCAGAUAUAGCAGCGCUCAGAAACCCGUCCACGCUUUAGGAAAAAUCUUAGAAAAAAUUAGAGAAAAAAAAAACAACAACUGUUAUCAGAUUCAAAUCAGACAGCGUGAACGGUUCGUUCUUUUAAAGUUGAUCAAUUUUUCUUUUUUUGCAUUUUCCAUGUAAAAGUAAAAUCUGUUUUUAAAUAACAGCACAAGUUUUACAUUAGAACGAAACGAUAACUACGCGUAAUAAACGGGCUGAUUCGUGUACAUAGAAGCGCUGGACCGGGAAGACAUGUACAUUCCAUUUUGUAUUAAAACAUCAAUUAGAAGUAGUUUUUGUUGUGAUUAUUGUGUGUUCGGAAAAGACAAAUAAAACCAUAGAGUUUCAUUCUAA